AUGAAGAAGGACAAAUUCUUGUCCACCUUUACUAUGUUUCAUAAUUUUUCAAUUUACGACUUAAAUGAAAAGUUAAAAAAUCGGCAUGAACGCGUACAGGAAAUCAGAAGCAGGAACAAUAAAGCUUUCAGCGAUCAUAUUUCAGAAAUUCAAUUAUCAGAUGAUUUAAAAUACAAUACUACCGUUUCAAACAUGGCAGUCAAGUUAUCAUGUCAUAUAGUAAAGCAGGUUUUAUAA